AUGGGUGGCGAUAAUAAAUCUAUUAGUUUGGAGGAGAUUAAGAAUGAAGCUGUUGAUCUGGAACGAAUCCCCAUGGAUGAAGUUUUCGAACAAUUGAAAUGUUCGAAGGAGGGUCUGAGUACGGAAGAAGGAACCAACAGGCUUGAGAUCUUUGGACCCAAUAAGCUUGAAGAGAAAAAGGAGAGCAAACUUCUCAAGUUUUUGGGAUUCAUGUGGAAUCCAUUGUCAUGGGUCAUGGAGAUUGCUGCAAUAAUGGCUAUUGCCCUGGCUAAUGGUGGUGGUAGGCCCCCAGAUUGGCAAGAUUUCGUUGGUAUCAUGGUUUUGCUUGUUAUCAAUUCCACAAUCAGUUUCAUUGAAGAAAAUAAUGCCGGUAACGCCGCACAAGCUCUCAUGGCUGGUCUUGCUCCCAAAACUAAGGUACUUAGAGACGGUCGUUGGAGUGAGCAAGAUGCCGCAAUUCUUGUUCCAGGAGAUAUCAUCAGCAUCAAAUUGGGUGACAUCGUCCCAGCUGAUGCUCGUCUUCUAGAGGGUGAUCCUUUAAAGAUCGAUCAAUCUGCUCUUACUGGAGAAUCUCUCCCAGUUACUAAGAACCCAUCUGACGAGGUGUUCUCUGGUUCCACCUGUAAACAAGGAGAGCUUGAAGCCGUUGUUAUUGCAACUGGAGUGCACACUUUCUUUGGCAAGGCUGCACAUUUAGUUGACAGUACCAACCAGGUUGGGCAUUUCCAAAAGGUUCUUACUGCUAUUGGUAACUUCUGUAUCUGUUCGAUCGCAAUUGGUAUGUUAAUUGAGAUCAUAGUAAUGUACCCAAUUCAGAAACGAAAGUACAGAGAUGGAAUUGAUAACCUAUUGGUUCUCUUGAUUGGUGGUAUCCCAAUUGCCAUGCCCACUGUGUUAUCUGUCACCAUGGCCAUUGGAUCCCACAGGCUCUCUCAACAAGGUGCUAUCACCAAGAGAAUGACUGCCAUCGAAGAGAUGGCUGGUAUGGAUGUUCUCUGUUCCGAUAAGACUGGAACCCUUACCCUAAACAAGCUUAGUGUUGACAAGAACUUGGUUGAAGUGUUCGCUAAGGGUGUUGAGAAAGAUCACGUUCUCCUUGUUGCUGCAAGGGCAUCCAGGGUGGAAAAUCAGGAUGCAAUUGAUGCUUGCAUGGUUGGUAUGCUUGCGGAUCCCAAAGAGGCUAGAGCUGGUAUAAGAGAGGUUCACUUUUUACCGUUCAACCCUGUGGAUAAGAGGACUGCUCUUACCUAUAUUGAUAAUGACGGCAAAUGGCACAGGGCCAGUAAAGGGGCACCUGAACAGAUUAUUGAUCUUUGCAACUGCAAAGAGGAUGUAAGAAACAAGGUUCAUUCCGUCAUUGACAAGUAUGCAGAACGUGGUCUGCGAUCGUUGGCCGUCGCAAGACAGGAAGUUCCUGAGAAAAAUAAAGACAGUCCAGGUGCACCAUGGCAGUUUGUUGGUCUUCUUCCCCUCUUCGAUCCUCCCAGGCAUGACAGUGCAGAAACCAUCAGAAGAGCUCUCAAUCUUGGAGUGAACGUAAAGAUGAUUACAGGAGACCAGCUUGCCAUUGCUAAGGAAACCGGAAGAAGGCUAGGAAUGGGAACUAACAUGUACCCCUCUUCUGCACUCCUUGGCAACAACAAGGAUGCAUCAAUUGCUUCUCUCCCUGUAGAUGAGCUGAUCGAGAAGGCCGAUGGGUUUGCAGGGGUUUUCCCAGAGCAUAAGUAUGAAAUUGUAAAGAAGCUGCAAGAGAAAAAACACAUAUGUGGUAUGACCGGGGAUGGUGUGAAUGAUGCUCCUGCACUCAAGAAAGCUGAUAUUGGUAUUGCUGUUGCUGAUGCAACUGAUGCUGCCAGAGGUGCUUCCGAUAUUGUGCUCACAGAACCUGGAUUGAGUGUUAUUAUCAGUGCAGUACUUACUAGCAGAGCCAUUUUCCAAAGGAUGAAGAAUUACACAAUUUAUGCUGUUUCAAUCACUAUCCGUAUUGUGUUCGGUUUCAUGUUUAUUGCUUUGAUCUGGAAGUUUGACUUUGCUCCUUUCAUGGUUUUGAUCAUCGCCAUCCUAAAUGAUGGAACCAUCAUGACCAUCUCUAAAGAUCGUGUCAAGCCAUCUCCAACUCCCGACAGUUGGAAACUAAAAGAAAUUUUUGCAACUGGAGUUGUGCUUGGAAGUUACUUGGCAUUGAUGACAGUCAUAUUCUUCUGGGCUGCAUGGAAAACUGAUUUCUUCUCUGACAAAUUCGGUGUUAGACCUAUUAGGGAUGAUAAGCGUGAAAUGAUGGCUGCCUUGUACUUGCAAGUCAGUAUUGUGAGCCAGGCCCUCAUUUUCGUUACAAGGUCUCGCAGCUGGUCGUUCGUUGAAAGACCUGGAUUUCUUCUUGUUUUUGCGUUCUUUGCUGCUCAGCUGGUGGCAACUUUGAUUGCCGUAUACGCCAAUUGGGAAUUUGCUAACAUGAGAGGUAUUGGUUGGGGAUGGGCUGGGGUUGUUUGGCUUUUCAGCCUUGUUACCUAUUUCCCACUUGACAUUCUCAAAUUCAUCAUCCGAUAUGUUCUUAGUGGAAAGGCUUGGGACAACCUCCUUGAAAACAAGACUGCCUUCACUACCAAGAAGGAUUACGGAAAAGAGGAGAGAGAAGCUCAAUGGGCUCUUGCUCAAAGAACUCUACAUGGACUACAACCACCAGAAGCAAAUAACCUCUUCGCUGACAAGAAUAGCUACAGAGAGCUUUCAGAAAUUGCUGAGCAAGCUAAGAGGCGAGCUGAAGUUGCCAGACUAAGGGAACUUCACACACUCAAGGGACAUGUUGAAUCUGUCGUGAAGCUAAAAGGACUAGAUAUCGAUACUAUCCAACAGCACUACACUGUUUAAUAAACUCGGAUAAACAUAAUUAUAUUGAGAAAGUGUGGUUUGUUGGCGCUCCUUGAAAGAACAUCACCAUAACUAAGAAGAGGAUGCCGACGGCGCAACAGCUAUUAGAACUCUUUUUUUUUCCUUCUAAAUAGUGAAUCAGAUAUUUGCCGGUGCUAUAAACUUAUUUAUCAGUUUGCUUUUUCUUCUUUCCGCUGCUGUUUCUAGGUGCCCUCAAGGAAAAGUUGUGUUUCACAUCUCCUUAUGUAUGAAGAGUUAUAAUAACAUCGCGUCACACAGUUUUUUUUUUCCCUUCACUUUUCUUGUGCACUUUGUAAUCUCAGUCUCAAGGGGCAUCGUAACAUUUUCAAUGAUGACCCAAUUGAGUAUUUGAGUGAUAAAGCAAAAUUGUUCAAUCAAACCUUUUGAUGAAAUGGAGAGUUUCAUUCGAUAUUUGUGUUAA